AUGAGUGUGCUGCUCUGACUGCAGUCUCAUUUUAGAGUGAACCUCGGGGACCUGGCUCUGGUUGGCAACAUUCAAAUCUCCCCUCACCCAACCCGAAGAUACCUCCACUUCCCCCGACUGCUCCUGCUCCGCAGCUGCCUCUCCAGCCAGUGUGUCCUGGGCUCACCCGUCUCUAGACACCUGCUGUGUGGAUGAGGGACACACCUGUGGUUGAGUGAGACAACACAACUCAACAGCCUCGAUUUCACCCCAAAAGAGAGAGAGACAGGGAGGAUGGCGGAUUGUCCAGGGUACAGUCUGUCUGGUGUGGCUGCCUCCUUGCUCUUCAUCCUGCUGACUGUGAAGCACCCAGAUGAAUUCAGGGUAGUCGGUCCUGCUCACCCUGUCCUCACCAGAGUCGGGGAAGAUGCCCUGCUAACAUGUCAGCUCCUCCCCAAGAGGACAACGGCGCACAUGGAGGUGAGGUGGUACCGCUCCGACCCCAACACGCCUGUGAUUGCGCACCGGGAUGGAGCCGAGGUGUCGGGGCUACAGAUGGAGGGGUACAGAGGCCGGGCGGAGUGGACAGAGGACAGUACUGACGAGGGGAGUGUGGCUCUGAAGAUUCGCCAGGUCCAGCCGGGUGACGAUGGGCAAUACUGGUGCCGCUUCCAGGAAGGGGACUACUGGAGGGAGGCAAGCGUGCUGCUCCAAGUGGCAGCUCUAGGAUCUUCCCCAAACAUCCACGUGAAGGGACCUGGAGAUGGAGGGGUCCAGCUCGUGUGCACAUCCCAGGGCUGGUUCCCUGUGCCCGAGGUCUACUGGGAAGACACCAGGGAAGAAAAGUUGUUGAGUUUCUCUGAGAAUCACGUGCUGGGUGAAGAUGGGCUGUUCUACGUGGAAGACACACUAGUGGUCAGGAAUGACACUUCAGAGACCAUUUCCUGCCUCAUCUACAACCAUGGCCUCAAGGAGGCCAAGGAGGCCACCAUUGCCCUGCCAGAGAAACUCCAGACAGAGCUGGCUUCCUCAAGGGUGAUUGGACCUUCCCAGCCCAUCCUUGUCCAAGUCGGGGAAAACAUAGAAUUAACUUGUCACCUGUCACCUCGAACUGACGCUCAGAGCAUGGAGGUGAGGUGGGUCCGAUCCCACUAUUACCCCGCAGUCCACGUGUAUGUGGACGGGGCCCACUCGGCUGAGGAGCAGAUGGUGGGAUACAGAGGGAGAACUGUGGUGAUGAGUGACGCCAUCCAUGAAGGAAAUCUGACCCUGCGGAUACACGAUGCCAGACCAUCAGAUGAUGGGCAGUACCGGUGCCUUUUUGGAAAAGAUGGUGUCUACCAGGAAGCCCGUAUGGAUGUACAGGUGAUGGCGGUGGGUUCCACCCCACGGAUCACCCAGGAGGUCCUGAAGGAUGGAGGCGUGCAGCUGAGGUGCGCAUCGGAUGGGUGGUUCCCACGGCCCCACGUGCAGUGGAGGGGCAGAGACGGAAAGGCAAUACCAUCGUUUUCCGAGGCCUUUCAUCAAGAGAGCGAGGGGCUGUUCCAGGUGGAGACGCUCCUGCUGGUCACAAACAACUCCGUGGUGAAUGUGACCUGCUCCAUCAGCCUCACUGGGGGCGAGGAGAAGGCUGCGCGGUUUCCUCUCUCAGACUCCAAGAUAGCUUUGCUGUGGAUGGCCCUGCCCGUCCUGGUGCUGCCUCUUGCCAUGGCUGUUGACCUGCUCAAGGUGAAGCGCCGUCCGAAAGACCAAAAAACACCACAGCAAUCAGCAAAAUCUCAAGAAUGAUGAAAGCCACACGAGGACUUCCCUCUGACAAGAAGCUCUGGUUAAAUAUAUAUAUAUAUAUAUCAUGCGAGCUCGGUGCACCCCAUUCCUGAGUGUGCACCAUGCGAGCUCGGUGCACCCCAUUCCUGAGUGUGCACCAUGUGAGCCCGGUGCACCCCAUUUCUGAGUGUGCACCAUGCAAGCCCGGUGCACCCCAUUCCUGAGCACCCCAUUCUUCCUUUCCCCUUUCCCCUCAAUGAGCGCACUGCCCUGACAGGAAUGGCCUCUCCUGCUGCUGUCCAAAGGGGUUCUUCAUGGGGCAGGACCCACUCCUGUUGCUCACAGUGAGGGGACACCUCUCCCGGAGGCAGCCCAUCGCCCAUCGCCACCUUGGUGUCACACAGUGAUGACAUCUUCUCUCCCUCUGCAUCUUUCUGCUGUCCCUUGCCUGUGCACAGCAGCCUUAUCCCACCGUCUUCUGGACCCAUCGUGAGGAUACAAGAAGGGGAGCCUAGAUCCGGAGAGAAGUGUCACUCGUCUGAGACCUGGAUGGGUUUUUCUAGAAACUUCCAAUGCAGAAGCUCCAGGGGGACGAAGCACCCCACCUGUAGGUGGGAGGAGAGGGCUUCUUUUCUUUCUCCACAGAGAAAGGACUAACUGUGAGUCACAGUCCCAGAAGACCCAGCACCUACUCUACGAAUCAGAGCAGGGGCUGGAGAAGUAGCUCAGCGUUAAGAGCACUGGCUGUUCUUGCAGAGGACCUGAGUUCUACUCCCGGCACCCAUAUGGCAGCUCACAACCGUC